AUGAGUCACCUUAUCAGAGGUAACAAAGUUCCAACAAGGACAACACCAGAAAGCAACUUCAAGAAUUCAGAUUUGAGGAGAAGUUCAUUAAUCGCUCAGUUUUCAGAAGCCACUGGAUUUUCAGCGCCCACUCCGACACGCCUGAGAGCGCGAUCCCGCUCCCGACACACACGAGCUACGCUGACCCUAUCAGGGAUCAAAGCUUUUCUGAGGAAAAAUAAAAACGAGACCGUGAGACGGUGCGCGUUCCGGAAAGGCCGCGUACGACCGCGGCACGGGGCCAUCCCGCCGGGACUCACCGCACGCCGCCGCUCCCGACACUUUUCCUUCCGCACGAAGCGCCCGACGGGAGGCUCGACCGAAGCGGCGGGCCGCGCCCGGCGCCCAACUUUCCGGGGCAGCCCCGCAGCGCGGCCCCUCGCCCGCAGCUCCGCCAGGCGCCCGCGCCCCGCGGGGCUCCCGCCGCCCCUCCGCCACGGCGCUUCCUCUCAGCCCCGGCCCGGGGCCGCCGGCGCCGCCCUUCGUUCUCACCGCGCCGAGGACGCCGCGGAGCGCCGGACCCCCAGGGCCCCGCCCCGCCCGGGAUGCGGAGCGCCGCCGCCCCGACGCGCGCGGUCUCGCAGCUGCGCCCGCGGCCGCCCCGUCCCCGCCCGCCCCGCGCUGCCCCCCGGCGGCGCCGGGACGGCCGCAGCGCCGCGGGGCACUCACCGCCGCUCACAGGGGCUCUCCCCGGCCCUUCCCAGCGCCUCGGCGCCCGGCACGCCGCGCCUCCAUCCGCUCGGCGGACGUUCCUCUCUCUGCGUCUCUUUCCCAGCUCCGCCCCGCGCUCGGCACUCUGGAGCGCUCUCUCGGCCGGGCCGGCUGGCGGAGCCGACAGCGCGGCUCGUUACGCGCGGGCGGAGCGCUGCGGCUGCGGCUGCCCCUUUGUUCGCGGCGGCGCUGACAGCUGCGGGCGGCGAUGCCCGGCCCCGCGCGGCGCUUCCCCUCGGCACCCGCCCGCAAGACGGCGGCGGCAACGCCUCACGGCCCCGGCUCGCUCCUCUCUGCUCUUCUCCUCGCUCUCUCCCACCGCGGUCAGCGAUCGGCGGCGGCAGAAGUUCAGGCCGCCGACCCGGAAACUCAUCGGCGGCCGCGGCCCGCGGGGCUCCGACGGGAAGCGAAUCGCCGAGCCGGGGGAGGGCGCGGGGCGGGGCCGGGGCGGGGCGGGCUAUCCGGCGCGGGGCCUGUGGGCGCCGGCCGCGGCGGGACGAUGAGGCGGCGGUCGGCGGCGCCGAGGAAGGCAAGGGGACGAGAAGGGGUCGGGGCGGAGGGGGCGGAGCGGGUUCUGGCCGUAGGGCGGCCGGCGCGGGGCCUCCUCUGCGUCCCGCCCCGCUGAGGGCGGCGGGGGCCUCGCGGUGUCCGGGCCCGCGGGUCGUCGAGGGAAGCUCCGGCACGGCUCGGCGCCGAUGUGGCGCUUAG